UUGUUGGUGUCGGAGAGAUGAAGGGAGAAACGGUGACGCUGGUGCUGGUGAACUUGGCAGGAAUAAUGGAGAAAGCAGACGAGUCACUGCUUCCGGGAGUGUACAAAGAAGUGGGUUUAGCCCUUCACACUGACCCAACAGGAUUGGGUUCUCUCACUCUCUUCCGAUCCAUCGUUCAAUCUUCUUGUUACCCUCUCGCCGCUUACCUCGCCAUGCGCCACAACCGCACCCACGUCAUCGCCCUCGGCGCUUUCCUCUGGGCCGCCGCCACUUUCCUCGUUGCCUUCUCCUCCACCUUCUUUCAGGUAGCUUUAUCGCGAGCAUUUAAUGGGAUUGGGCUUGCACUUGUAGCGCCUGCAAUCCAGUCCCUUGUUGCCGACUCAACUGAUGAUAACAAUCGCGGCAUGGCUUUUGGAUGGCUUCAGUUGACAGGCAAUCUUGGUUCAAUUAUUGGUGGUCUCUUCUCAGUGUUGAUAGCUCCAAUAACAGUCCUUGGCAUCCCUGGUUGGAGAAUUUCCUUUCAUAUUGUUGGAUUAAUAAGCGUUUUGGUAGGUGCUUUGGUGUACAUCUUUGCCAAUGAUCCACACUUCUCGGCUAAUGGUAAAAAUUAUACCAAUCAAGUUUCAAAUAAAACAUUUUGGUGUGAAGUAAAAGAUCUGGUUCAGGAAGCCAAGUCAGUUUUGAAGAUUUCGUCUUUCCAGAUUAUUGUUGCGCAGGGUGUCACUGGUUCAUUUCCAUGGUCUGCUUUGUCGUUUGCACCAAUGUGGUUAGAGCUCACUGGCUUUUCCCACAAGAAAACCGCUUUCCUCAUUGCUUUGUUUGUGGUUGCCAGUUCUGUUGGAGGAUUGUUUGGAGGUAAGAUGGGUGAUAUCCUCUCCAGGCGUCUACCAAAUUCUGGGAGGAUAAUUCUGGCUCAGAUAAGCUCUGGAUCAGCAAUUCCCUUAGCAGCAAUUCUUUUGCUUAGUUUACCGGAUGAUCCAUCUACAAUGAUACCUCACGGUCUGGUUCUAAUCGUUAUGGGGCUAUUGAUAUCUUGGAAUGCUCCAGCUACAAAUAAUCCAAUUUUUGCAGAGAUAGUUCCUGAGAGAUCCCGAACAAGUGUAUACGCCUUGGACCGAUCAUUUGAGUCUAUACUAUCAUCUUUUGCUCCCCCUGCAGUGGGGAUUUUGGCUCAGCAUGUUUAUGGGUAUAAGCCCAUUCCUGAAGGAUCAACUGAAUCUCAAGAGAUUUUAACAGACAGAGAGAAUGCUGCUUCAUUGGCCAAGUCUCUUUACACUGCAAUAGGAAUUCCAAUGGCUCUUUGCUGUAUAAUUUACACAUUUCUCUAUAGGACCUAUCCUAGAGAUAGAGACCGGGCUAAGAUGGAGGCUUUGAUAGAAUCAGAGAUGCAGCAAAUUGAACCAAAUGGCUUAGUCAUGGAGUCAGACGAAUUGUCUAUUGGGGACUAUGAUGGUGAUGGUGAUCUUGAUGAUGAAAACAUAUUACUCUACCCCCAGUUGACAUCUUCCGAAGAAUAGUUAACUCAAAUACAUCACAAAAAUGAGAUUGCUUGACCCAAUAGAGACAGGUUUAAGGUAUAAUGUUGGAGAAUUUUUCUGAACUAUAUUUUGAUCAAUUUUUGUGCAUGAAUCAUACAUGGACAGUGAUAGAAAAAAACUGUAUACCCCCUUCAUAGUUUUGUUUUCCACUCUUUUGAUGGAAGAAUUUCCUUUCGUUGUAUAGAAUUUAAGUGUGUAAAGUGUAAUAGGUUUGAUAACAAUUGAAUGUAGAUUUAUUUGUUUUGGCCUAUGUAAUUGACAUUCAAAAUUUCUUAAUGUCAUGUAUGGUGUGAAUAAGGAUGACCUCGGCUAGUCAAAUAUUGAGGAGAAUGCUCCGAAAAUCAAUUUG